UGUGGAGUCCGAGACUUUUGUUGGUUUAAAAAACCUAAGGAUUUUGUCACUGAGCCAAAAUGACCUUCGGUGCCUGCCUGAAGACUUGCUGUACCGAAUGCCAGCCCUAGAGCAAUUGUUGCUUGGGGGCAAACGUGAUGAACGUGGCAAACAGAUCGUUCGUGGGAAUUAUUUGGAUGGCGUUUUGCCAAGCGACCUGCUUAAGCACAGCCCAUGCCUGAAAGGUUUGGAUUUGAGCGAAAAUCAAUUGGAGUCACUUCCAGCCACAAUGUUUGCAAAACAACCAUUGCUGCAAUCAGUGGAUCUGGGGAACAACCAUCUCAGUGAGUUGCCUCCCGAAGUCUUUGCAGGGCUCAGCAGCUUGCAGUCGCUCGACCUGAGGUACAACCGUCUCAGUGAGUUGCCUCCCGAAGUUUUUGCAGGGCUCAGCAGCUUGCAGUCGCUCUACCUGAUGGGCGGCCGUCUCGGUGAGUUGCCUCCCGAAGUCUUUGCAGGGCUCUUUGCAGGGCUCAGCAGCUUGCAGUCCCUCUACCUGUCGUCCAACAGUCUCAGUGAGUUGCCUCCCGAAGUCUUUGCAGGGCUCAGCAGCUUGAAGUCGCUCGACUUGGGGAACAACCGUCUCAGUGAGUUGCCUCCCGAAGUCUUUGCAGGGCUCUUUGCAGGGCUCAGCAGCUUGCAGUCGCUCGACCUGAGGUACAACCGUCUCAGUGAGUUGCCUCCCGAAGUCUUUGCAGGGCUCAGCAGCUUUCUUUGCAGGGCUCAGCAGCUUGAAGUCGCUCGACCUGGCGCUCAACCGUCUCAGUGAGUUGCCUCCCGAAGUCUUUGCGGGGCUCAGCAGCUUGCAGUCGCUCUACCUGUCGUGGAACAGUCUCAGUGAGUUGCCUCCCGAAGUCUUUGCAGGGCUCAGCAGCUUGCAGUCGCUCGACCUGUGGAACAACCGUCUCAGUGAGUUGCCUCCCGAAGUCUUUGCAGGGCUCAGCAGCUUGCAGUCGCUCGACCUGAGGGACAACCGUCUCAGUGAGUUGCCUCCCGAAGUCUUUGCAGGGCUCAGCAGCUUGCAGUCGCUCGACCUGAGGAACAACCGUCUCACCAAGGUUCCUGGAGUUUGUGAUCUCGACGCUGUCAGGUGUUAUUUGUACUAAAAUGAGAUAGCCUUUUGAGAUGUCCUCCCGAAACCUUUGGUAUGGCAGCGCAAAAA